AGAAACGGUUUCCAAGGUAACAAGCGGCGCUGCAAAACAGCUCGGAACCGAGAGCAGAGAAGGAGGGGAAAUCUCCAUUCUUGCACUGUGGUGUAACAGCUGAUAUUUUUGACUGAAUUGUCACAAUCACAGAACCAUGAAUCCCAAUGAUUUUGUUGUGAUCCCAGGCAACAAACCUGGCACAUCUGUUAAGUUAAAAGCAAGAAAUCUUCGGGAGCUACGAUUAGAAACUGUGCAACUAGAACUAGAUAGUGAUGUGAUGGAACAGAGAUUGCAGCAGCUUCGACAAGCCAUGAGUAAGGAAAAGGAGGAAAGGGAGCGUUCAGGACCAUAUCAUUGGAAAUCUGGACACAUGGGGAGCCUUGUAAAUCAUGCACAGGAAGUGCUGAGGAAUAACAAAAAUGAUAAUCAAAAGAUAACUUCUGGAAAGACAAAAAUCAGAAUACUGAAAGACCAACGUGAAGAGCCUCCGAAAUGUGUAUUCACCAGUACGCCAGCUUGUGUAACUGCAAGGCCAAAGAUUAAGGGGAAAUUAUGUGGGCAGUGUGAGAUCAGAAGUCCUGUGCUGGUUUGUGUGGAAUGUGGAGAGGAUUACUGUUCUAGCUGCUUUGCUAAAUUCCAUCAAAAGGGGGCACUGAAGCUUCACAGAUUUUCUCCUUUUCAGGCUGAGGAACAUACAUCGAGCAAUUCAUUGCAUUUAGUCAACCAAUUUAAAAAACAAAUUGAACCUGAUGACCCACCUGUUAAUACUCAGCAGCUUCUGAAGAAACAGCUUUCAGUGAGAAAAGCUUCAUCUCAAAGGGGCAAACAACAUGCUGAGGUUCUUAACAUGGAACAAGAGGAUGAUGAAUCCGCUGUAUGUGUGCAAAACAGCAGUGCGGAAGAUUUGAACAGUAGUUCAUUAUUAAAUGGCGACUUUGAUGAGGAACAGUCAUCAAAGGCUUUCCAAGAAGCUCUAAAUGAAUGGAGAGAGAGAAAACCUAAUGAAGCAGAACAGUUUCCCGAAAUGUUUUCAGUUUCUACAGGGACAUCACCUGCUCAAGACAACCUGCAAAGUCCAAAAACGCCAAUUGAAAUUCAGUUUAAGGAACACAACAUAAGCUACUUGGAGAAACUGCUGCUCAAAAAGUACAGAAGAAUGCCAUUUGAAUCUUUUCAAGUUUCCUGUACGAAUGACUUAAGGCCCUUUUCCCCAUCAUCUCGUGAAGAAGAGGAUGAUGAAAAAGAUGAGCUCCUUCUAACAGCUGAAGAGAUUGAGGAACAUGAAAACUGUGUUGCUCUUUUUAAAGUCGAUGAGUCCUCUAAGCACGCAGAGGAAGUGCAGCCAGUUUUGAGAAUUAUAGAAUUAGAAGAGACUAACGAUGAAAUAUUCGAAGGAACCUCCAAUUACUUGGUUGAAGAAGCCGAUUAUAAAGGGCAAGAAUAUAGACCAAGAAUUUAUGGAAGUUUAUCUAACACAAUGAGCUCAUCACUGCAACAAGAAAACAUCACAACAAGCAAUAUUGGUGUUUCGUUCUUUCAAGCUUCAAACAGAAUUGAUUUAUCAACCUUCAAUCAAACCAAUACAGUAGAAAAGGAAAAUGAACAGCUGCAUGAUCAUGACUCAAGUGGAGAUUUCAUGGAAAAGCAGCACAAUCAUAAAGAUUCCUCAACAACUGAGAAGAAUGAUUCAGUUUCAAACUGCAAGACAUCUCUGCCUCAGAAUGGACAAAUGAAAGGAAACCAAUGUGGUGAAAGACUAAAUACAGUCUUUCCUGAUUGUGGCAGUAGUUCAUCCAGGAGACACGGAUUUGUAAACCAAAUCCCUGACAGUACAACCACUGUUACUUCUAUAUUGUCAUCUCAGAGGACUUCACUGUUUUCAAAUGUUGCACUUGAAGACCCUAUUUCUACAUUGAAAAUUUUGGAAGAGUUUGACCAUAAGCUACAGGUAGACAGUUUAGAAGACAACAAGAACAUUGGCCUCACUUCCAAACCAUCUAAUGAAUUGCAUGAGAUCGCUCAUUGUCAAGAUAUUGAUACUAGCAAGUAUCUGGGCCUGGAAGGUUUUUUCACCUUACAGAUGGAUCCUGGUCAAAUUGCUGCACAACCCUUUGCAAAACGUGUGAUCAAUGAUAAAAAACACAUUUCAGAAACACUGAUCAAAGAAAAUGGAGACUGGCGACCACAAAGCAGCCUCUGCAAAUAUGCAGAUGACUCCAUUGUUUAUGAUGUAAUUGAUGAUAUUCAGAGCAGGCCUUCAAGUAGUUUUGGAAGACACGUAGCAAUCAAAAGAGUUACGCCAUGGACACGAUUAUCAAAAUCAACAGGAACUCUGGGACGCUCUAGGCACGUAAUGUCUCCCACUCCAGUGGAAUCAUUACAUAUUGCAUCUCAAAUUUCAACAAAACCUCUGGUUUCCCAGAAACAGCAUAAAAUCGCUCAUCUAAGCUCUAUUGCUCCAUACCCGCUGUCUAGAGCUGCAAGGGAAAUUUCUGAAGUUGAAGGCAUUGGUCAAGAUGAACCCAGUUUCGAAAAUGAUGCUGAUGAAGAAGCUUUAAUUGAAUUGGAGAAGGAGCUGUUGCAGACUCAUAAAGGCAGCGAAAAAAGGCUUGACUUGUCAUCUGUAAAUGAGCUGUUGAUCUCUACUGGGCAAUCAAUUGGAAAGGCUGCUCCUGCUAUGCAAAGGGAUGCUGUUGGUUCUCAGUUUAUGCUUGAUUCUUUGACAGGAGGGGUCGAUGAAGGUCAAACAGAUGAUGAGGGAGAGGAGGCCCAAGACAAACAAAAUGUUCUGCUGUUAUUCUGA